UGUUCACAUUCGAUAGAGUUUUGUAGGUUUGUUUGAAUGGUUAUAAAUAAAUGUAUACACAGAUGAACAAUGGAAGAGAUUCACCCAACAUUGUAAUGGAAAUCACACAUUUUCUCAUGGGAAAUGGUCUCUUCUCGUCUCUCUUUCUUCUCUUAACACCCCUCGUCGUCGUCGUCUUCUUCAUCAUUAAAAAGUAUUCUGGAUCUGCAAAAAACCUGCCGCCAGGGCCACCACCAUGGCCGAUCAUCGGAAACAUACACCAAAUAGGCGAGAGCCCUCAAGUUUCCAUGGCCAUGUUUGCUCAACAAUAUGGUCCACUCAUCUCCCUUCACUUGGGUACUCAACUUCUUGUGGUGGCGUCUUCUCCAGAAGCAGCCAUAGGAAUUCUCAAGAGUCACGACCACCUUCUUUCUUGUCGCUCAAUUCCUGACGCCAUUGACCAUGGUUUGGCACCCUUUUUUUUCGUUUGGUCCACAGAUUGCGGCCAACACUGGAAGUCGCUAAGAACCCUUUCUCGAAACGAGAUGUUCUCGGUUAAAGCCUUGCAAGCCCAGUCUGGUUUGAGACACAAAAAGGUGGAUCAAAUGUUAGGUUUCUUGCAUGGCAAGAAAGGACAAGUCGUGAACAUUGGGGAUCUUGUUUUUACUACAACGUUCAACACAUUGAGCAAUGUUUUCUUUGGCAAAGAUUUUCUUGAUUUUGGAGAUGAACAUGGAAUUGCUGGAGGCUUGAAAGAGAAGCUUAAUACAUUACUCGCUUACGGAGUCAGACCCAAUAUAAGCGAUUUCUUCCCCAUAUUUAAGAGAUGGGAUCUUCAAGGAUUAAGGAAGAGACACAUGAAAGGUAUGAGGGAGGUUUUUAGCAUUUGGGAGCACUUAAUAGAUGAAAGGAGAGCUAAAUAUAGUUCGUCCAUGACGGUGGUCGAAGACAAGGAUAAAUCGUUCCUAGAUCGGUUACUUGAAAGUGGAUUCACAAACGACCAAAUCAAUAUAUGUGCUAUUGAUUUAUUUAUAGCAGGUACAGAUACUACAUCCUCAACUGUUGAAUGGGCUAUGGCCGAGUUGCUGAAAAAUAAAGAAGCCAUGAACAAAUUACAAGAAGAGUUGAAGCACAAAAGUGAUUCAAAUAUGAUAACGGAAUCUCAUCUUUCCAAAUUCCCUUAUCUAAAUGCUUGUAUAAAAGAAACGCUAAGAUUACAUCCUCCGGCACCUCUCCUAAUCCCUCGUCAUGCUUCUGAGACUUGUGAGGUUAUGAAUUAUACGAUCCCUCAAAAUACCAAAAUUUUUGUCAACGUUUGGACAAUCGGCCGAGAUCCCAAAAUUUGGGAGGACCCUCUCUCGUUUAAACCAGAAAGAUUUCUUGGCUCGAGUUUGGAUUUUAAAGGGCAGGACUUUGAGUUCAUACCAUUUGGUGCAGGGAGAAGGAUGUGUCCCGGUACACAAUAUGGUAUCAAGAGUGUUCAAUCUAUAUUAGCAUCGUUGAUUCAUCAGUUUGAUUGGGUUCUUCCCAAUGAUGAUGAUCCUACAAAGCUUGACAUGAACGAAAAGUUCGGAGUGACUUUGCAAAGGGAAAAACCUCUUCAACUCAUUGUCAAAGACUCAAAAUAAUCAAUGGCGUAAUUUAUGUGAUUUUCUGAUUUUAGUACUCGAUAUUUUUGAGUGAGUAUGCAUAAAUAAAAUAUGAGCUCAAGAAUUUAUAUAUACAUCGAUAUAUACACACACACACAAACAAAAUAGUUGUUUAUUUAUGUCGUGGGAUUUAAAUUUUGUUUUUAGUAAGUUACACUUUUGGUCUUUAUGGUUGUCACUC